AUGGCAUCUUUUACACCAAUUGCUCUACAGUACUCAUCUACAUCAUCUUUACAUUCUUUGGUUCCAUCUAUGGAAGCUACACGUGAUUAUAAUUCGUGGUGGGGGAGAAUGAGAUCGUGCAAAUCCACAGGAAAAAGAUCACUUCAACAGAAUAUCACAAGAGGUUUGAAAAUCCAGAGUGCAGCCACAAAACCAGCAAAGUCGCCAGCUGAAGAAGAGUGGAAGGUGAAGCGAGAAUAUCUGCUGCAAAAAAGGGUAAGAAGUGUGGAUGCAAAGGAAGCUCUGCGCCUUCAGAAGGAAAAUAAUUUUGUGAUUCUCGACGUUAGGCCAGAAGCAGAGUUCAAAGAGGCUCAUCCUCCAGAUGCUAUCAAUGUGCAAAUAUAUAGGCUUAUAAAGGAGUGGACAGCAUGGGACAUUGCAAGACGUGCUGCAUUUGCUUUUUUUGGUAUUUUUGCAGGGACUGAAGAGAACCCUGAGUUCAUCCAGACUGUUGAAGCCAAAUUGGAUAAAAAUGCAAAGAUAAUAGUAGCUUGCUCAGCUGGAGGUACAACGAAACCAUCACAAAAUCUGCCCGAAGGUCAACAAUCAAGGUCUCUCAUCGCAGCUUACUUGCUGGUCCUUAAUGGGUUUACCAAUGUCUUCCAUCUCGAAGGUGGUCUUUACUCGUGGUUUAAAGAGGAUCUGCCAAUUGUUUCAGAGGAGUAA